UUCGAUUUUGCAAAAUACUCAAAAUGGCUAGAUACCGUUAAAGAUGAAGCAGCAGCCUUGAAGAGACUGAAACUUGAUGCAAUUGAUGGAUUGACUAAGGAAGAAGAGGAGAGUUUAAUAAAAUGGGAGCAGGAAAAAGCACAAGCUAAAGAAUCAAAAGGAUCUGCUAAUGACUUCUUAAAUGAUCCAAAAGCAAUCAAAGUGACCUCUCACAUGACAGCUAAUGUAUUCAAGAUUAAUUUUAAAAAGGGUGAAAAUGUUUCCCUAGAUGAUACGGUUGUGAUUUUGGAAGCCAUGAAAAUGGAGAUUGCAGUCCGUGUGAAAUCUAACAAGAAAACCAAAUUUGAAGUUCUCCAAGUUGUCGUUGAUGAAGGUGAUAUGGUAAAUCCAGGGGAUGUACUAAUGCUAGUCAAAGGUGUAUAA